GUUUUUAACCCUUCACCAGAUAGAACUUUCUGGAAUGGAAGAUGGAAGACAGAGGAUCUCGGGUUGCUGACUAUUUUGUGGUGGCAGGAUUAACCGAUAUUUCUAAACCACUUGAGGAGGAAAUUCAUUUCAAUGAUGCUUGUCAUAAGCUUGCAAAGCCCAAAGAACCAAUCACAGAUGUGGCGGUGAUCAUUAAAUCCCUUGGGGAAGAAGUCCCUCCUGGAUACAAAUGCAUUGAUGUCACUCCUUCAGGACUGUCUGCUGAUCUCAACAAUGGCAGCCUCAUGGGACCCCAAAUAUAUAUGUGCUACAGGAGAGGAAGGGACAAGCCCCCACUAACAGAUCUGGGGGUUUUAUACGACGGGAAAGAGAGGUUGAAGCAGGGAUGCGAAAUCAUCCAGACCACUCCGUCUGGCCGCCCUGCGAAUAUCAGCAGCGGUGCUUCGUCCCAGAAAGUGUACAUAACGUAUCGGAGAGCUUUGGAGAACAUGACCCAGAACACCUUGGCGGUCACAGAUAUCUGCAUCAUUAUCCCAAGCAAGGGGGAAACCCCGCCACACACCUUCUGUAAAGUUGACAAGAAUCUGAACAAUAGUAUGUGGGGAUUAUCAGCCUACUUGUGUUAUAAGAAAUCUGUGGCAAAAACAAACACCAUAUCAUACAAAGCAGGUCUCAUAUGCAGAUAUCCAGAAAAAGACUACGAUUCAUUUCCUCUGCCAGAGUCGGUCCCUCUUUUUUGUCUGCCAAUGGGGGCAACCAUUGAAUGCUGGCCUUCCAACAGCAAAUAUCCUCUCCCAGUGUUUUCUACGUUUGUGCUCACUGGAGCCUCAGCUGAAAAGGUCUAUGGUGCUGCUAUUCAAUUCUACGAAACGUACUCCGAGGAAAACCUGACAGAAAAACAGAAGGCUCAACUGGGCUUCAUGGCCCUGCCCAGCUCCAAAACCGUUCAGACGAACAAGUGCAUCUGCCUACUGUCCCACUGGCCAUUCUUUGACGCCUUCAAGAAAUUCCUCACUUUUCUUUACCGCUAUUCAAUAUCUGGUCCACACGUCCUUCCUAUUGAGAAGCAUAUUUCCCAUUUUAUGCACAAGGUUCCUUUUCCAUCUCCACAAAGACCAAGGAUUUUAGUUCAGCUAUCACCCCAUGAUAAUCUGAUUCUUAGUCAGCCCAUAUCAUCACCUGUACCACUGAGUAGCGGAGGGAAGUUUUCUGCUCUUCUGCAGAAUCUGGGACCUGAGAAUGCUGUAAAUCUCCUAGUCUUCGCGGUGACAGAACAUAAAAUCCUCAUCCACUCUUUACGCCCUUCUGUCCUCACCAGCGUAACUGAAGCCCUGGUCUCUAUGAUCUUUCCUUUCCACUGGCCAUGCCCGUACAUUCCUCUCUGCCCUCUAGCCCUGGCUGAUGUUCUGAGCGCACCGUGUCCAUUCAUAGUGGGAAUUGAUUCCAGAUAUUUUGAUCUUUAUGACCCACCGCCAGAUGUUAGCUGUGUUGACCUAGAUACAAACACCAUUUCACAGCCAGGAGAUAAGCGAACGAUCGCAUGGAAGAUCUUGCCGAAGAAGCCUUGUAAGAAACUGAUGAGCACUUUAAAUCACUUGUAUCAUCAGCUGGCAGCAUUGCAGCAAAGACCCCGUGACGAUGCUUUAAUGGAGCUGGCUAUGAAUGACUACGAUUUUCAAUCAGGCUCCAAGCUGCAUCUGUUAGAUGUAGAAAUUCAAGAGGCGUUUCUCACGUUUAUGGCUUCGAUCCUGAAAGGUUACAGGUCCUACCUACGCCCUAUUACGCAAGCCCCUUCGGAAACUGCCACUGAUGCAAGUUCCCUGUUUGAACUGCAAGGAUUCUUGAAAAGCCGUGAUCGUUCACAUCAAAAGUUUUAUACUAUGAUGACUAAGACCCAGAUGUUCAUUCGCUUCAUUGAAGAAUGUUCUUUUGUUAGCGAUAAAGAUGCAAGCCUUGCGUUUUUUGAUGACUGUGUAAAUAAAGUGGAUAUAGACAAGACAGGUGACACGCGGCUUAUAGAACUCGAUGAGUCCCACAAGAGUGAGCACACCGUCUUCGUAACUCCCCCAGAGAUUCCUCACCUGCCCAACGGAGAGGAACUCCCAUAUCAAUACAGGUAAUCAUGGGGAUCUUUCCAUGGUGAUAUCCCAAUGGUCCUUUUUUUCAAGAGG